AUGAUCCAUCCAUUCCGGUUUUUGGCCGUGGCCCUAUAUGUACGCCCCUCGAUGGCGCUGCUCAUCAGAUCACACACAGCAAACCUGCCAACCAAAAGCAAUAGUUUCCUUGCGAUGGCGGAAACCAAGACUGCGCCUGCGGCGGAGGAUGGCAGUAGGAAGAAGACGGUGGUGCUGGUGGCCGUGGACGACAGCGACCACAGCUACCGCGCGCUCGAGUGGGCCGUGCGGCACGCGGCGACGGCCGGCGUGGCGGCCGAGCUCGUCGUCGUCCACGCCAAGCCGCCCGCGUCCUCCGUCGUCACCUUCGGCAGCCCUGCCGCCGCCGGGGACGUGGUGAGGGUGGUGGAUGCGGACCUGCGGAAGAGGGCCGAGGACGUCGUUGACAGGGCGCGACGCCUCUGCGUCGCCAACUCGGUGCAUGGUCUGAUAGAGGUGAUGGAAGGAGAGGCGAGGUACGUGCUCUGCGACGCCGUCGACAAGCACCACGCCGAUCUGCUCGUCGUCGGCAGCCAUGGCUACGGUGCAAUCAAGAGGGCAUUUCUCGGGAGCGUGAGCGACUACUGCGCCCACCAUGCGCACUGCUCCGUCAUGAUAGUCAAGCAGCCCAAGACCAAGAAAUGA